CAGCCGGUAGAUGGAAAUGAUGCCUCGUUUCAACUACUUGAGUUUUGAAGAGAUUCUUCACGUGUAUUUUGCUGGCAUGCACAACAGCUCUUCUCGUGUUUUACGUUGCGACCAAAUUUCACAUUGAACAUUUAAAGAUCUCUGGUCUACUGCAACAACUCGUUCGCGUGCGACUUGCAGUCAAACCAAAGACUUUAACCAUGUCGACAGUCUUCUCUUUCCAGACACAGCUCGUCUCCAUCAUGGACGCGUUAUCCAAAACAACUGUAAUGGAAAUAAGCAAACUGGUCGAGAUCGAAUCGAAGAUGCUGAAAAUUGAGAUAACUCGAGGGCGGAACGAAAUCUCCUCGCUCGCAGAGAAACUGCAGCUGAUGGAGAAAUUGCUUUAUAUCGCGCAGGGCAGCAGACAGGACGCAGCAGUAUGCGCAGUGGUGAGGGACGGUUCAGAGGAAGGCAUUGUGGAGCCUGACAGGACAAGACCUGCCAUUAAAAGUGAAAGUCCAUGGGAAAGUUCUUCCACAGAGAUAAGCAGUUGGCAUCACCUUCAAGAGGAGGAGUAUGCCAUAGCGGAACUCCCAAACCAACUGAGAGAUCAGCCAGAACUGAUAGUGGUAAAAGAAGAGCCAUCAGAGGUGGACUGUGGACCUGAUGGGACAAAUGAAAAUAGAAGGGAAGAAUUCCAAGACACCCACAGGGGCUCAGAAGUGAUGCAGCGUACCAAACCCAUGGCAGAUCGUCUGCAGCCCCUGUUUACUGACAGCUUUGAGACUAUGAGCAGUCAGCCGUCUCUCGCUGUACCAGGGAGGAGGGAAACACAGUGGAAUCCACAGCUUACACCUGCAAACACAAACCUAGUUGCUGGGAAAAGCCUAGCCCAAAAUGUUGCCACUCAAAGCUUAAGUGUGCUCAGAAAUAUGAAGCUUCAACACUUGAGGAACUCAGCUGCUAAGAGGUUUGGAUGCUUGCAGUGCGGAAAGAACUUCAGAUGCUUUAGCCAGCUAGAAAUACACCAGAGAAGUCACACAGGUGAAAAACCGUUCAGGUGCACGCUGUGUGGAAAGAGAUACGCACAAAAAGGGCAUCUGUACACACACCAGCGCACACACACUGGGGAGAAGCCCUACCGCUGUCCUAUUUGCGGAAAAGGCUUUAUUCAGAAAUGCACUCUUGAUAUGCAUCAGCGUACACACACUGGAGAAAAACCUUUUGUUUGUAUGCAAUGUGGCAAGGGCUUUACAAAGAACUAUAAUCUGAAAAAACACCUUACAGUACAUCUAGACCCUAGUUUGAAUAUGUAUGGUAGUGAAUCUGGUGUACGGUACCAACAUAUGGGACAUUCAUAAAUUCAGCUUCCUAAAACAGCCUGUCAAAUGUAAAAAAGCUGCUGUUUCCAGAUUUGAGUGUGUAUCACCUGCUUUAACAAUACAAAGGUACAAUGUUUCUGCUGCCUAUACCAUUAAUAUAUCAAAGUUCCCCUUCCAAACUGUGCAAACUUGAUAGUGUGCUACUACUGUAAUACAGCAGGUUAUGUGAACUGACUUUGACAACUGAUAACUGAGACCAUGUUGUUACAUGUGAAAUCUUAUGGUUGAUAACUAUGAUACUUUUUUAUAUAAAUAUAUUUGUAUACAAGUAGGCUACCUUGUCUGCAUUGGCGCUUGUGUAAUUUGGAUGAUGAUGAUAAUAAUAAAAAUAAUGUGCUUUUUGAC